UUAGGAAGCUGACAUCGUGUGCUUCACUCUUGCAGAUGAAGUCUUUGCUUGUACUCCUGGCGGUGGCGACGGCGGCGAAGGCCCAGUACGGCGGGUCGGUGGGCGCCGCCAGCUUCAGCUCGGCGUCCGCGGGCGGCUUCGGAAGCUCCGCGGGCGUGGGUUUCGGAAGGCCCGUGAGCGUGGGCGCCUUCGGAAGCUCCUCUGGCGUGGGCGGGUCGGCGGUGGCGGCCUCGUACGGGUCGGGCGGAUUCGGGUCCGGCGGCCCCAUCAUCUUCCCCUCCGGCGGCCGCCCGGCGGUCAAUCUGCCCGUGAGACCAGGAGGACGACCUUUCAACAGACCCGGCGGCCGACCCGCAGGGCCCUUCCCCGUCAGACCCGCACCCGAACUCACCUCGCAGUACCCGAUCUGCUCCCCGGGCGUGGUGGACCACCAGGCCCACGGGAGCCGCUACCACUUCUCCUGGUGCCACGACGGCUUCCAGAACUACACGCAGGAUAGGGCCGUCGGGUACUGCAGAGCCCUCGGCCCCGGCUGGAACGGCGUGAGCAUCGAGACGUCGCAGGAGGACCAGCUUAUCUCUCAGAUCGUUGGAGGACACAAUCUGGCCUGGAUCUGGACAGCCGGCGUGAGAGACUUCAAUGGGGUGUUUCAGUGGCCCUCCAACACGUAUGGCACAGUGCCACUCAACUACAAUAACUGGAGUCAUACCGGACUCGACGGCCAACGACAGCCUGACAACCGUGAGAAUAACAACGAGCAGUGCCUCGCCAUUCUGAACAAUUUCUACAACGAUGGCAUUAAAUGGCACGAUAUCGGCUGCCAUCAUCUGAAACCUAUUAUUUGUGAACAACAUCUUUAGUCAACUUUUGAAUAUUUCUUUUGUCUACUUUUUUUUUUUUUUUUUAAUUCUUUCGUUUUCUCUAGUGAGUGUUUUCCCGUUUUCUUUUUAUAUCUUGUCUUCCCGUUUUCUUCUUAUUUCUUGUCUUCCCGAUUUCAUUUAUUUUAUUUUAUUCCCGUUUUCUUCUUAUUUCUUGUCUUCCCGUUUUCGUCUAAACCCGUUUUCUUUCUUUCGUUCAGAGGUUUGCCUUCAUCUAUAAAUCAGAUCGAGGUAGUAAUUUAUUUGUUUAGUGAUAAUGAAACUUAGGAUACUCGUGCUGUCGUUACUUUUUUACUCUAUCAUAGAACAAAUGGAAAAAGAAAAUUUAUAAUACAGUGAUAUAUUUUCGUGUAUUUUUUAAUGUAUCCUCAUGACCAAUAAAAUAAAUUAUACAGUA